AUGACUCCAGCUAGUGAACUCUUUGAGCUUGUUCAGUCCGGCCUACACAUUGAGUAUCCAUCGGUAUUCGUGGAAUGCGCCCUUCACCACCUCUGUUCUACCUGUAUUCCCGCAUUCCGAGAACUCAAAACGGACUAUCCGACCGCAUCCGACGUGGAUCCUUUCGAACAUGCUGUUUGCAUGCUCUCUGAUCAUUUGCCCGCUUUUAUCCGUCUUUUUCAGUGGUUCCAACUCGUUCAAGUGAACACUCAGUCACUCUACCGUCUAAUCGCUCAAAACCUCCCCUCCUCCCCCCAACGUUCAUGCUUUGAAGUUGCCGUGGUGGGUGACCUCUUCACUCCUGACGUCUACCACACUCUCAAGCCCUACCUUUAUGCAUAUCUUCUGCUAGAACUCAAUGCUGCUGAGCAGGAGACCUCAGAACACAACUGUUUUGAGGACUCGUUGACUACUGCCCGUCUCCUCGUUCGACUCUCGACAAGUGUAACAGAUCUAAUAGAACAGUGUCGCGGUGUCUUCGCUGCAGAAGAAUUUUCGCUUCUUUUCCUCCUAGAGGAUCUUGUCGUUCCGUUUGCUGAAUCGGUUUUUCUGCACAAAACGAGGGAGUUAAUGGAAGGACACUACACCGUGUCCUUUUUGGAGCCGCUCCAUGACUACGUGGAGCAUGUGAUGUUCAAAGCCUGGUUACCGCGUGUUUUUCGCAUAACCUCUUCUUGUGCGAGUUGUCCAUGGAGUAGUCAGUUGGUGUAUACCACAUUUUACAGCGUACGGCGUUCAGAGCUUUUCAGCAUUAUGAUGGACUAUCCCGACUCACAUCCCACCGUGAUGGAUCUCAAGGCGUAUCUCAUGGAAACCCGAGCGCUGCAGGAUCUCAUUGAUACUCUGAGUAAAGAGGUUGGCUCGCGUCUACUGCAGCCAGGCGUGCACACUGAUGAGGUGUUACUAGCGUAUGGAUGUUUGGUGCGAGGGCUGCGUGAGAUUGAUCCCUCUUCAGUGGCGCAAGACAUAGUCUGUCGUCCUGUAGCCUCGUGUCUUCGCGAACGAGACGAUGCGGUGCGCUGCAUUGUUGAUCGUCUUAUCGCCCCACCCCAACUCUCCACCAUUCCUGACGCCACCACUGACACUGAUACCAACGUUGCAGAUGUAGUCGCAGCAGACCAAAUUACGGGUCUCCAACGCGAACUUUUGUUGCCAACACCGCUGGAGGUAGAACCCACGGAUGAGAUGAGGGACUGUGACGCACAUCUUGUUGCACAUGGUAAGUCUAGGAUCAGUUAG